UCCUUCAAUCACAUUACUAAAAUUCUACUUAGAUCAAAUGACCUCAUUUGAUUCUAUUUAAUUUAAUUUCUCCAUUUUAUUCAUUUAGACUCCUAGCACCAGGAAAGCACCAUUCCUAAGUUCUGACUUAACUUUUCUGUCACUUUCCAAGUCUGUCAACUAACUGAGCAGGUCAACUUAACUGUAGAGAACCAAGAUGACGGUAAUGUCUAUGCACAUUUUAAGAUCCGGGGGAAGUAAUCUUGCAUGAAAUGUUUGCCAUUUUAGAGAGUGAACAAAGUGUGUGCGGAGCGUGAUUUCCAAACAACAGUUUCUGAAAAGCUCAACUAGAUAAGGAGACAUCUACAAACCUGGGUUAGAUGCUUCCGUGUGUUUCUGCGAUUUAAGAAUACAAAUCAUGACUCCGGUCCUCACUUAACUCAGGCUGAGCUCAAACUUUGAUUUUAAAAUAAGUUCUGGUUCUUGCUUCUAAGUGGGAUUUGGUAGUCAUUAAUAAACGUAAACGUAUCUCUGCCAUGAAGAUGGUGGACAAGGUCCUUUUUAAGGAGUUAACAAGAGGAGCGUGAGAAGUAGGGAAACUUCACUAAGCGGUAAAGAUAAAGAGGGCGGAAGUGAGAAUGAUAGGAGAGAGGGUAUCAAGAUGCUUAAAGGCAAGUAACCAGGUAGAGAAGGGAGUGUUGAACAGUAGAGGGAUUCAUUGAUGCGAAUUCCUCUUUUUACGUUCCCACGGGGCUCAGGAUGGGGAAUGUAAAUUCUGACAACAGGCACGGCCACGCCCCCUUUAUCCGCUCUUUUGAAGAGGCCACCACACAGCCUCAGCCAAAGCGGGGGCCUCACAGUCCACGUGCUGAUUGGGUUUUCUUCUGGCAAGCGCCGGAAGCGGAAGUCGUGCGCCGGACCGUUGCUAGAGCGCUUGCUUGGCCGGGAAUCGCCGUCAGUCCCGGUCUUCGUAGUAACUGCCCUUGUGAAAGCGCAGCUCAUGGCUCCAGUGUACCGGUCGCGCUACCCCGAGGACACCCCAGGCUCUAGGAGACGGCGACGCAGCUCGUCGGGGAGCCUGCCUUCCGCGCAGGCCAGACCAUCCCCGUGGGGCAGCCGUUCCCACUCCCACUCGCACUCCCGCGGCCGCGAGGGCCUCAGGCCUCAGUGGGGUGGGUCGGGCUUCGGCGCUCCUUGUACCUUUAGCCGCUCUGGAUCUCGAGAGUGGCCCACCGGGCUCCGCAACUACGCUUUCUCGUCCUCUUCUGUCUACUAUGGCGGAUACCGCUACCAUCACCACCACUAUGCGGGCGACAGUCAGUGGGCGGAAGACUAUGAGAAGGAGAAGGAGGAGAGCUAUCGCCAGGGGAGGCUGAAGAGAGAAAGGACUGGGGAGUCGGGAGCACCUGAGGUGUGGGGGCUGUCUCCAGAGUUUCCUGAGCCAGAUUCUGGUGAACACACCCCGGUUGAGGAUGAAGAGGUAAAGACUAAGAAGAGCAGCAGUUCACAAUCCAGCUCCAAAGAAAAAAGGAAAAAGAAGACCAGUCAUUCAAAAAAUAAGAAAAGAAAGAAACAGUCCAAAGGAAAACACAGGAAAUAUUCUGAUAAUAGUGACAGUAAUUCAAACUACAACACUAGCUCUGAUGAUGAUGAAAAGAGAGCAACAAAAGCCAAGAAGAAAGAGAAGAAAAAGAAACACAGAGCUAAAAAACCCAAGAAAAAGACGAAGAAGACUAAAAAAGAAUCCAGUGACAAAAGCUGUAAGGAUUCAGAAGGGGAGUUGCCAGAAGAUAUCUGGAUUGAGCAGUCAAAGAUUGCAGAUAACAUGGCUCUAAUAGGUCCAGAGGCACCUAUAAUACACACCUCUCAAGAUGAGAAACCUUUGAACUACGGCCAUGCUCUGCUUCCAGGUGAAGGUGCAGCUAUGGCUGAGUAUGUAAAAGCUGGAAAGCGUAUCCCACGAAGAGGUGAAAUUGGGCUGAGAAGUGAAGAGAUUGCUUCUUUUGAAUGCUUAGGUUAUGUUAUGAGUGGUAGCAGGCAUCGCAGAAUGGAAGCUGUGCGACUGCGUAAAGAGAACCAGAUCUAUAGUGCUGAUGAGAAGAGAGCCCUUGCAUCCUUUAACCAAGAAGAGAGACGGAAGAGAGAUAAGAUUCUAGUUAGUUUCAGAGAGAUGGUGUACUGAAAGACAAAAGGGAAAGAUGACAAAUAA